CGGUAUGAACCCGAAACCCAUUAUCUUCUCUAACCCUAGCCCUAGCCCUAGCUACCGCCGCCGCCGCCGCGAGAGCUGGGAGAUGAUGACCGCGUCGCUAGAAGCCUCUCCUCAGCGUAGACUCCUUCCGUUGCCGCCAGGUUACGAACUCUCGUGGUGGAUUAGAAGGGAGAUCCUCUUUGUUGCGCCAUCUUCUGCGUCUCUCGAGCAAGAACACCAGUGCCGGCGACAACAAUCCUUCCCGUCCCGCAACCGUCAUUUGGUCCUUCCCCUUCCCACGGUUAUCCUCUUGGCUCGGACAAGCUCCGUUCGUCCAGGGAGAAUGUUUUACCUCAGCCUAAUCGAGCAUAACUUGCAUUUGCCUCCUCACUUGCUUAACCGUCCGCUUGUUGAUGCAAUCAAGGAUGAACUUGAGAGGCUGUACUUAGACAAGGUUAUCACAAAUUUGGGUCUCUGCAUCUCUGUCUACGACAUUCGGUCAUUGGAAGGUGGUUUUAUCUACCCUGGAGAAGGUUCCUCCACGUAUAAGGUUGUGUUUAGGUUACUUAUCUUUCGACCAUUUAUUGGGGAGGUUAUUUGUGCAAAGCUUAAAGCAUCCGACGCCACUGGUUUGCAUUUAACUCUUGGCUUUUUCAGUGACAUACAUGUUCCUGUGCAUCUAUUGCCAAAAGAAAGCGAAAUGGGGGAAGAUGGCAUAUGGGUGUGGAAGCAUGAAUUUGGAGACUUAGCUAUGGAUUUGGAUGAGGAGGUGAACGUCCGAGUGACAAAAAUUAACUAUCCUUCCAUCCCUGUGGAGCAAGAUGCCAAUGCACAACCUUUUGCUCCUAUGCAGAUCAUAGGUGAGAUCUAUGGAGAUGGCUUGGGUCUGAUUUCAUGGUGGGCAGAUUAAUGUUCAAGAUAAUCACUUGUACCGUUGCCAACAUUAGUUCAACCAAAAUCUUACUUUCCUUGAACAGUUUGUUCCCUUUUGUUUUCAUAGUUUAUGUAUGCACUAGCAAUUAAAUCCUGUGCUAUUGGGAACUUGCAGAACCUGUAUUUUAAGGGAUCUUGUUUUCAUUUGCUUAUGUAAUCGUUUGAUCUAAUUGUAAUUUGAGCAGUUCCCAUUGAUUGAAAACAGAUUGCUUUUUGUAGCUUGUAUAUUAACUACUUAUUGAAUUUUAAAAGAAUCGAUCAUGCUGAAAAA